AUGCCCCUUGAACCGGCAGGCCCGCCACGCAGAGCGGGCCCCCGGCAAACAGACCUCAAUACAUGGAUGGGUCUGCGUGCACAGAGGCCGGCCAACACUCCUGUCCCGAUACCGGCUCCGGGGCCAGUACCAUUUAUGACUGGACGAUACAACCCGCCUGCUGCGGCCUCCCCAGAUUUCGAUGCUGCCCCGCCGAGGAAGUACUAUGGCGCCGGCAACAACGGCCGCGGUGACGACGGCCAGGCCGAAUUUUCCCAACAACUGCUUAACCACCAGCACCGCUCUAUAUCGCCGCCCACAUCACAAGCAGGCCUUCGAGACAAUGACGGAAGCGCCCGGGACAGACGGAGAGGGCCACCUUCGCACAGUGCGCUGCGCCAGCCGCCAAGUAUGCCACAACCUACAUUGCCGAACCGCCCGCCCCGAAUAGGACAACCCGGCACGGCGGGCUCGUCGGCCAUGGAUAUUGACGAGCUUGCCAACACGGACGAGGACGUCGAAGAGUUAGAUGUACUCCCGCUCGUCAUGUCGGACCUGGACCCUCGGUACGCAGAAAAGGUCACCACGCCCAAAACAUCACCGCCGCAGCCCUCUCAACCUACAACACCUCCUAAGGCCAACGGCCACAGCAAGGCUUCCACAACAACGCCUUUAAGACAGCCGGUGGUCAGUAUUCCUUUGCCCGCCUCUGCGCCCUCUGUACAUGGACCCCAACAACAUACGCCAGUCCAGAAGACACCUAUGACGGUGCUCGCAUCCUUACCAUCACUUUACACGCCUAAAGCUGGCGGCAGCGUGCCGGCACCACCGCCAGCAACAAAAUUAGCAACAGAAUCAGCCACAGAAUCAGCAACGGGAACAGAAUCCAAGAACCUGUCGCCCGUCGUCGCCGUGGGGCGGCGCUCCAAUGCCAUGCUCGCCGUGCGCGUCAAGGGCCGACCCAAGGGCUGGAAGCCCGGGAUGACCUACCGAGAGGUGGCCCUACGGAAUGCGGGCGUCGAUCCCAACGACCCGUCCGUGCCGCCAGAAAUUCUUUUGCCGCCACGCCCCCGGAAAACAGGGCGAUCACCAGGCCGGCCGCGACUGCCAGGAGGUCCGCGACCGAAGCCCAGCCAGGGCGCAUUUGGCUUCAAGCGCGUUGGUCGCCCGCCGAUCCAGCCCAUUGAGGUGGCUCAGCGUUCCAUCUUCUGCAAUGGUCAGGCGUGCUUUGCGCCGUUCGUCUGUGAGUGGACCGGAUGCCGGGCCGAGCUGCACAACAUGGCUACGCUGCGCAAGCAUGUCACGGUCGUACACGGGCGACCAACCGGGGCGGCCAAUACAUGCCAGUGGCGACGCUGCGCCGACCGCCAGACCGUACCCACGCGGUACAAGGACGACACCGACACCGACGCAGAUGGACAGACAUUACUCGAGCACGUUGAAUACCAACACCUGGCGCCGUUGGAGUGGCACCGGGGCGAUGGGUUUGUCAACAAUGGCCACAUAGGGCCGCCCCCGCCGCCAGCGGCAGCCAUGCUGCUGUCCAAGGCGAGGACAAUGGACAAUUUGCAAGCGAAGACGGAAAACGACGACAACAAACCUCUUGCAGCAGACACGCGUCUUCUGAACAAGGCGCCGGAAGUUGUCCUAUACGGCGUUCCACCGGACGACCUGCCGCCGUAUCUUUUGGACGACAAGGGCAAGCAGGUGACGCCACUGCUCCGCGACGGUCUCUUGGAAGCAUCAACCUUCUUUUGGACACAUGAACAGCGCGGGCGGCGGCUUAAAGAGCUGUAUCGGCAACACCAGCAAAAUAUAAACAAACGGCCGGACCGGGAGCUCAGCCGUUUGGUUUAG